UCCACCAUCACUUUUCCGGAUUGACCGCCCUUGCGACUCUCGGCAUCCAACGCUCGUCCAUGUAUUCUCGUCCGUAGAGGGCAGCACAAGCACACGUAUGCGCAUAACGCAUCGAGAUUUCAUCAGGACCGUGGCUCUCUUUCCACGCUCAGUUUUGAGCCCCUUUUGUCUCCAGACGCAACGUCUCGGACAAUUAGACAGCUGCUGAUCCGGCUUGGCAAGGCUGCAUGCUUCAGUGAGCUCUCCCACCGCGCUGCGAUUAGUCUUCCUUGUCCUCGAAUCGCAGCCUCUAGGUGAAACUGUGCCAGAGAGACCAACAUGGCUUCAACCUAUGAGUACCGCUACUCGCAAGAGAUUUCGCAGAUGAUGUUCGUAUUUGCCGAUCUUUCUGAUCCGCAUCCAGACGUCGUCAAGUUGGUGGAGGACAUCGUGCGAAGUCAGGUGCUGGAGCUGAUCAUCCAAUCCAGAGCGCUAUCUCAACGAAGAGGAUCGCGUUUCGUGAAUGCGGAGGAUCUCAUCUUCUUGAUCAGGGAUGAUCGGGCCAAGGUGAACAGGCUGAAGACCUACUUGAGCUGGAAGGAUGUACGGAAGAAUGCAAAGGAUUCGGAAGGUGGUGAUGCUGCCGCUGCGGGACCUGAAGAGGAAGGAGCGGAUGCUGUACCCAAGACGAGAGCGAAAAAGAUCCGUCUACCUUGGGAAAUCAGCACCGUGUUCACCGAACAUCUGGUCAGUAAUGCUGCGGAGGAAGACGAAGAGGAUGAGGAGGACGUCGAGGCGCUCGAGGAGAGCUUGCAACGGUUAAAGGAUGCUGAUGAGGCGACGCGCAAGAUGACUCGCGACGAAUACGUGCACUAUUCAGAAUGUCGUCAAGCCUCCUUCACCUUCCGCAAGGCCAAAAAGUUCAGAGAAUUCAUCAAUGCAGGUGCUUACCUAGAUGGCAAGCCCAAUGACGACAUGAUUGACAUUCUCGGAUUCUUGGCUUUCGAAGUAGUGCGGGAGUUGUGCGAAGGAGCGUUGAAGAUCAAGCAACAGAUCGAAGAACAGACUGAAGAGAAGAAGCGAGGGCUGGGGCGAGAGAAGCGUCUUCGCAGUGGGAAUGCGCAGGCAAGAGCCGGGCUAGUCGAAAGAAGCAGCAGACUCGUCGAUGGCAAGGAUGGCGCGAGCGAGAACAUUGGAGACGCGGAAGCUCGACAAGGCGUCAUGGGAACAAGCGCCGAUCGAUCCGGAAUGACUACAUCGGCUUCGACGCCUGCACUCAAUCUGCACGAGAACAUCGGUAGAGCUUCGUCGCCUCAAGCUCCUCAAGCUAUGCGUGCUUCUCCGAGCCGAGCAGACCACGACGAAUCCUGCACGCUCUUCACCAUGCCCCCCAUCAAAACUUCAGGACUGGAUCUCAGCCACAUCCAAGAGGCCUUUGCUCGUCUGCAGAGGAAAAGGCCUGCCUUGGGCGUUGGUGGCGGCGGGAUAUCCGGUGGUUUGCGCCGAACCAAGUACAGAAUCAUCUGA